AUGACUGAGAACAAUACCUCGUCUUUUGACACCCGAGCUACGCAUUUCGCAAACCAUGCCCGCAGCUUGCUACAAACCUUUGAAAACCUCCCUCCAAGCCUGGAAGCCCUUCGGUGCCAUACUCUGAUCACGAUAUACUUUCUUCACAUGGACUUUCUGGAUCUUGCCCUGCAGUCUAUUUCUGUCACGGCUCGACUAGCAAUGGCCCUUCAGCUUCAUCGAAAAUCGUCGUCUCUUACAAAAGGAAGCGAUUCUUAUGAUAAGAAUCUGUGGUGGACAAUCUACGCCCUGGAUCGUAACCUCGCAUGCCUUGGUGGGAUACCUUAUCUCAUCAGAGACGAGGAGAUUGACGAGCCGAGACCAGCACGGGAUGGAAAAUUCAAAAGGUUCUCCAGUGUGACAUACACCAAUUGCCAGAACGAACUCGUCCACCAAGAUGGACUGAUAGAGGGAAGCCUUCAUCAGGAAGCGAUGUACUUGGAAGUCCUAGCGUAUUUGGGCCGCAUUUGGGCUUGCAUAUGGAACGAUUUAGUUACUGAUAGCUCAGAGCCCGACUGUCAGUGGCAAGCGACAGAAAUAUUGGAUGCCCAGCUUCGCAUUCUUCAACAACAGCUCCCGGCUGAACUCCUCUGGAGGAGCCCCUCAAACCUGGGGAGAGAUUUAGAAAAUAUUCAGGAAACUGCGAUGCAGAGACAGCUUAUCAUUCUGAUGCGUAUCAAUACCCUCCGACUCUUCAUUCGACGAAAUCCCGCUUCGAACUGUACCUGUCUAGACAGGAAAUCCCCGCACGAUGAUGGUGCAGCCAUUUCAGCGCAAACUAUUGGAGCCAUAGUGAAUUUCAGCUCACGCCAUGAAGGCCUAUUGCCAAUCGGCCACUCUAUCAGCACGACUCUCGUCCAAUGCAUUCUAUACCUAAUAAACAUCAUCAGCGAGUCCUCCAAUAUGAGUGGAACAGAAUCAGCCUCCUCUUCUGUUGUGUCAGCUUACCAGGAGUUGGUCAAUUUGUCUAACCAUUGCGUAUCUGCAGGAAAUGCACUUGAGACACUUGAUGAGGCAUUCUUCCGCUACGGAGACGGCCCGGCGCGGCCUGAAAUGACAACCAUACCACAGGUACAUCGUGCAAGUAUUAGCCAUUCAAAUGGGCUGGAAGGUGCCCGAGGACACGGACGGUGUGAGCAAGGAAGGAAAAGUGGUACUCCCACUCUCGGCGAGGACAGUCCCGGCGGGAGCGAUCUUUUCGAUCGCCUACAAAAGAGCUACGAGAGCCUGGACAGCUUGCUACCGAGUUAG